UAGCAACAGCAGCUGUAACCACGUUUAUGCAUAAACACGCAAAUAGGCAUACUGUGCUAUGCUUUCAAAUUAUUUAUAUUAUUGUAUAUGGUACGAUUAUAGAUACAAGUGGGGUAUUCAAAGGGGAAAGCUUGUUUUUGCGCCUCAAAGAACACACUCUUUUACAUCAGCGACAGUACAACUACCGGGAAUGAUACACUCUUCUCAAGGUCGAGCUUCACAACAGUUGAGCAACAGCAGCCUUAGCAACAAUAAAUCAGUGACAGCAGCGUUCAAGUACGGACCUUAUUUCGAAGUUGUCGGCGAACUCACACCUCCUGUACUUUUUGAAUCUAUUUUGCAUAUGAGAUCUAACCGGGUGUUUGCGUUCAUGCUAACUCUUCUUCAGCAACAGCUGAUCAAAAAUGGAACGCACGAAGUCCGGGUUUUUUGCUCCAAAUAUACCGACCACCAAAAAGCUGGUCUGUUGGAGUUUCCGGAGAUAUGCGAGAUCAAAGUUAACAGUAAUUCCAUUCUGUCAGGACAGCGUCUUCGCGGGAUCAAGGGAUCUCCAGGAACCAUACAUCCACCCGAUAUUACAAGUUUCAUACAGCUGUCCACCAGAAACGUCGUCGAGAUAUGUUACGCAAGCAAUAAUUCUAAGCAGGACUUUGUCGCUUGUGUUCGCUUUGUUCAACGCCACUCGGUCGAGUCUCUUGUGGAGAAGUUGGUGCUUACACAAUUCCUUCCAAAAGAAGACGUGCUUCAGAAAUUUGCCAAAAAUCAGGAAGAAGCUGAUGUUUUCAUUGAGUUCCAAACGCUUUCGAUGAAAUGUCCACUUGCGUUUUCUCGAAUACAGACGCCAAUUCGAGCCUCAACAUGUUCACACGCACAAUGUUUCGAUGCAUACACAUUUCUGAAGAUGAAUGAGCAGACGCCAACUUGGUCAUGUCCUUCUUGUUCUCGGCCGAUUGCAUCUUUUGAUGAUCUUUUCGUGGACGGCUAUUUUAAGGAUAUACUGGAUACUGUCGGUCGCAAUGCAGACACGGUCCGAAUUGGGGCAAAUGGCGAACUGCAGCAGAUCAAGGAGGAGCCAGAUUUGUCAGACGGAAGCUCUACUCCGGGCUUGGGGUCGGGCUUUUUGGAUACAAAUAAUCGAUCAUCCAGUACAGCUGCUGAUUCAGCAAUUACUGUCUUUCUUGACGAUGACGAUGAAGAUGAGGUUGACAAUCUCAUUAAAGGAAGACAUGAAUUUGAGCAGAGAGGAAUCAAGCGACAUGCUUCCGAAGAACCUGUCUCUAUCCCUUCUGCGCAGCGACCAAAAAAUACCGUUAUUGAUUUAACGUUAAGCGACGAUGAUGAUGACGAGACCGAGGUGGAGGAACAUGCGGCAGCAAACGGAAGCACACCAGAAGCACUUAAUAGCGUUAAAAACCAGACGCUCAGUUCCUCUGCAACUUCUUACAGCACUAAUACUGCUAUUACGUCAUCGCCUAUACAGAAACAGCAACAGCAACAGCCGUCAAUCCCACAACCGCAACCACAGCCACCACAGUUAAUAGCACCACGACUUUCAUGGAACCCAUCCGCACCCGCAGAGAAUGCAAAUGUUACGCUUCCACCGAGACUUGUUGUGAUGCUACCGCAACCUCCUCAACCUUAACAAGUACCAGACGCACCCUUUGCUGUGGUAUUUGGAACAGCUACAGCCAAUCCUACUACUGCCGAUCUCCCCGGGUCACAUACAUACUAGUGUCUUUCUUCAUAUACCCAUAAUUUCUAUCUAUCUGUAAAUAGCAUAUUGACAGCAUUUCAUACGUGGAACUAAUAGCCCACCACCUAAGAAAGACAUUCUAUUGGCCGAUCGUUUUGGGCUUGCAAAUCAAUGCAUAUAUACACUGUGUUACCGUUUUUUCCUAUGAUAUAUUAUCCUUUUGCCCAGCCCUUCUAUCCACUUAAUUGUAUAUGAAUAGAAAUUAAAGCCU